UGGGAGAAGCCAUUGCGAGGAUGUGCUGGAGCGUGUUGACAUGGCGGAGCCUGGCGGUGUUUACCGGCGCUCUGUUGACAGCCGAAGGAUUCUAUUGCCUGCUCCGUUACGUGAGGAAGUGUCGUGAGCAAAAGCCCAAGGUGCUGUUUUUCCCGGCACCGCUCACCUGCGUGCGGCCGCUGCUGUGGAGCCCCAGACGCUGUGAUUGCAGGCUGCCGCACGGGGAAAGCGCGCUGAGUAGCCUGGCCCGCCUGCUGCUGGGCGCAGGCCGCUCGCUCGACGUCUGUGUGUUCAGCAUCUCCAGCUUCGACCUGGGCAGCGUGGUACUCGCCGUGUACAGCCGCGGGGUGCGGGUCCGUGUUGUCACCGACUCCGACUACAUGGCAAUGGCUGGCUCCCAGGUGGGCAAAUUCCGGAAGGCAGGUAUAGAAGUCCGACAUGACCAGGAUACAAGCUACAUGCACCACAAAUUCGCACUGAUUGAUGGAUCUAUUCUUGUAACUGGAUCUUUGAACUGGAGUACCCAGGGUAUAUUUAGAAAUAAAGAGAAUGUAAUCAUAAUUAAGGACAUUGAUGUUGUGAAAGCAUUUGUGGAAGAAUUUGAACGACUUUGGAAUGAAUAUGAUCCGACAAAGUACAGCUUUUCUCCAUAAAAGUAACUAGAAACUACUAAUUUAAUCCUUUAUGGAUUCUAUUGUAGUCCAUUGACAAAAAUUGUUGUCAGAUAACACAGAUUUCGGUAGAUAAGUAUCUUGUUUUUCCUUGAUUGUUUUUAUUUUUAUAAAAUAUUUGUGAUUAAAAAAAAACAAGUGACUAUAAUCCAUGUUGUGUGAA